AUGGUGAGAAGCUCUACACUCAAGCCCCCAGCGAAGUUCGGGCAAGCGCCCGCACGGCUCACGAAUGCAGGACUCGUCAAGCUCGCCAUCGAAAAGCUCCAAGAAUUCCACGACCGCCCUGCCAACAAAGCGCGAGAGGAGCUCGAUGAACAAGACAAGCAAGCUGAGCGGACAAAGCUGCUCGACUUCGACGACUGGAAAGCAAUCUGGGACGGUUUUAAAGCGGGUCGGCAAGGGAUGCGGGAAUAUGAUCGGGUGAAGCGAAUGGUGGAUGAUGAGAAGGAGCGGCAGCUUGAGACGUACCCUGGGAAAUGGCCGAAUCUUGUUGAAUGCCGCAAAGCUGAAGCGCACCCUGUGAAGACUCGUAAGCCAAGACCACCGGGACCUGGAUUUGAGAUCUCACAGGAGAGUGAUCGUGGACUGGAUGCUGCGUUGAUAGGUGGCGCUGCUAGUGCGUAUCUGGGAGGGCAGGCUUCCAAAGGAAAGGGUCUAUGGGGUGUCAUUGGAGGGGCGCUGAUAGGAGUCCUGGGUGGCGGGGUGUUGGAGAAGCAGACUGGGCGGACGAAUGCGACGAGGGUUGCUAAUUAA